UAAUUUUGAUUUUGCCCAAACUGUAAUGGAUGUUGUCUAUUGCAGAUAUUAAGACAGCUGUAAAAAAUAAAGUUCCUCUUGUACGGUCAUCAACUCUUAACUGGGUAACAUUCUGUAUUGAAACAAGUAACAAGGUUGUUAUUUUAAAGGUGCACAAGGACUAUGUGCCUAUCCUUAUGGAGUGCCUCAAUGAUGGGACUCCAGAUGUGAGGGAUGCAGCCUUUUCAGCUUUGGCAGCGAUAGCUAAGUUGGUUGGUAUGAGACCCUUGGAGCGGUCACUUGAGAAACUUGAUGAUGUUAGAAGAAAGAAGCUUUCUGAAACAAAACAGAAACAGAGCAUCCUCGAUGGGGAUUUUACUGGGUGGUGGAUAACUUAUGGCUAUCUAGAAGUUGUUUUUGCUUUUUUUUUUCUUGAUGCAUUUACUAGUUGGUUUCUGCUUUAA